AUGGAUUUGAAGGUCUAUCGCCGGUGGUGCGCGCUUCUCGCCCUGUUGAUUGUGGCGAUACUGCCGCGGUUAAUCGAAUGCCAAAGUAAGCGGCUCAUCUGCAGCUAUUGGCCCGAACGUGCUGCCCAGGAUGGCUACCCUCCGGACUAUAUUCCGCUGGAAGUGUGCAAGGAUGUGAUCUACAAAGGGUUUUGGUUCCCCAAAACCGUUGGUCGGCAAAUGCUGUUCAACGACAACGAUAAGAGAGCGUUCAGUAAUCUGGUGACCAGUGUUAGAAGGCGUUCAAACACCGCUCGUGUAAUAGCAUCGGUUAAGGGCUCUCAGAUCGAUUAUUCCACCGUGGCCUCCAUUAGCUCACGGAGGCGCGCUUUUGUGCAGGCCGUAGGGACACUGCUUCUGGAGCUGGAUGCUGAUGGAAUCGAGAUCAACUGGAACUACCCCGGAGGUACAUCGGAGUAUGGUGGAUCCGACUACGAUCGUAUCUCGAUGGUGCAGUUGCUUCAGGACCUCCGGCAGAUGGUGACGGCCGCUAGUGGAAACAUUCGGGGUCGGAACCGCGAGCUGUGGUUCCGUGUGUCUAUUCAUCCCAACGCGAUCACGGAUUCGUACAAUGUACCGGAAGUGUGCGAACUGGCCGAUUUCGUGACUGUCGACGCCAAGGAAGUGACGAUAGGCGAUUCACAUGCUCCUAUGCACAGCAAACCUGUCCAAGUGCCAAGAAUAGGCGAGGCAUAUGGCAUCAAUUUACCGCAAACGAUAGACACUAAAUACGAUAUCACCGAUUCCACACAGCUAUGGAUUGACAAUGGAUGUCCACCAAAGAAGAUGCUACUGGCCAUAGCACUGUUUGGUGUCUCGUACCAAUACCAAAAUACCUACGCAAACUUAUUUGGCAGUUCGUUUUCCAACUUAAGGGGCCUUGGGGCCGAAAAGAAAAUGGAGCCUUAUCGUAAGGUCUGCGAAUCAGUCAGACAGUAUGGUUGGUCUCGUCGAUGGGAUCCCUACGGGCUGAUGCCGUAUGCAACCAGAAUCGUGGGAAAUGGCCAGGAAGAACGGGUUAGCUACGAUGACGUCACGUCACUUCGCUACAAAUUGGACCUGGUGCAGGAGAAGCGUUUGGGAGGCGUAUACCUGGACUAUGUGCAUUGGGACGACGUCUACGGCAGAUGCGGUGCUCAGUCCUAUCCUCUGACGUCGUACAUAGCGAGCCGAUUGCAGUCGAUCCCGUCCGACAUUGGAUUCGCCAUCGAGUGGAGCUAG